AUGUCUGUGGCCUUUGUACCUGACUGGAUGAGGGGCAAGGCAGAAGCCAAUCAAGAGACCAUCCAAAAUCAAAGGAAGCUCCUGGAGAAUGACCAGCUGAUCCGCUGUAUUGUGGAGUAUCAGAACAAGGGUCGAGCGAACAAGUGUGUCCAGUACCAGAUUGUGUUACAUAGAAAUCUCAUUUAUUUAGCUACCAUCGCAGAUGCCAACUCAUCCAGUACUUCAAAAGCAAUGAAAUGA